AUGGAACAAAUAGAACCUCAGGAUAGAGCUCCAUCCGCUGUGAUUGACAUGAGCACGGGUGAGUCACUAAAGACACUAGGAAUUGCAUGGAAUACGUCAGAUGACACCUUCCGCUUCCCAACGGUGAAGACUUUGAUUGACUUGGAGGAUCCUGAAACAAAACGGAGUCUCUUAAGUAUCGCAUCAAAAAUAUUUGAUCCCAUGGGAAUGCUAUCACCUUAUGUCAUCAGAGCAAAGUUGCUUUUCCAAGAGUUAUGGCAGAAGGGUUUAGGCUGGGAUGAUACAUUGGAUGAGACAACAGCACAGAAAUGGCGCAUAUGGAAAGGAGAGCUAAAGGAGUUGGAUCAAUUGGAGAUUCCCCGAUGUUUACCCCUGGGACUAGGAGAAAUCUCAAGCAUUGAACUUCAUGGAUUUGGAGACGCAUCAGAGAAGGCGUACGGAGCAGCGGUAUACAUCAGAGUGGUAGACCAGAAUGGGUACACCGCAGCAAGAUUGGUGAUGUCAAAGUCAAAAGUAGCGCCAGUGAAGAAAGUGUCACUACCUAGACUUGAACUUCUAGCAGCUGUAGUAAAUACAAGAUUAGUUAAGUUCGUCAAGGAGUCACUAUCAAGAAACAUAGACAGAGUUACAAUGUGGACAGACAGUACAGUAACACUUGCUUGGAUACGCAAGCCUAGUCAUAUCUGGAAGACGUUUGUAGCUAAUAGAGUGGAGGAAAUCCAAACGACUUGGGAACCUGAGUUAUGGAGACACUGUCCAGGAGAAGAUAAUCCUAGCGAUUUGCUGACUCGUGGAUUGCCAGCAGAAGACUUAGUCAAUCGUGAGGAAUGGUGGAGUGGACCUCAGUGGUUACCAUUGUCGACAGAUAUGUGGCCCAAGGGAAAGUUGUCAGAUGAGUCGAGUGAAGAUCUAGAGGAGAAGAAGGCAACAACGAGGUCCAAUGUGGCCAUCGUUGAGGAGCCUCCCAAGGAUGCGCCAAUAGAUGCUAGCAGAUAUGGUUCAUGGAACAAGCUUACCCGAGUGACAGCGAGAGUCUUUUGGGUCAUACAAAAGUGGAGGGGGAGAAUCCAGGAUGAUGAAAAUACAGCUGGAAAGAUACCAACACUCAACGUUGAAGAUAUCAGAAAGGCAGAGUUCUACUGGUAUCGCCACAUUCAGAGGAGCACAUAUAAAGACGAAAUCCAGACAUUGGAGAACAGAGGUGUUCUUAGGAAGAGUCGCAUCCUUAAAUUGGAUCCCAAAUUUGACGAGGUCAACAAAGUGCUCAGACUGUAG